GAGUCUCCUUCACAACCCCUAAACAUUCAUGGCAUAACAUUAAAGGGGAAACAUGACGAAAAUUGGGGGCAAUUAUUCGCCCCAAUGAUUCAACAGUGGAAUAAUCGACAUGCAUUUAGGGUCGACGCUUAUCCCCGACAAGAAGGCCUAUUGAGUUUUAACUCGGACUACAUGGUCUGGUAUAGGCGAAAGACAAAGAUGUUUGUUGACCCAGAAAAUGCAAAGACGGCUACAUUGGGUGAAGUUGCGGAGGCAUUACAAUACAUGGUGUCUCCUCAAGGGAGGAAAACAUGCACAUUUGAUGAUCUCGUGCCUUAUGUGGAAAAAAUUACAAUUUUAUCCGAAGAGCAAGAGAGAGUCACUGAGCCAGUGUCACAUGGUCCAGCAUCAGAGCGUCAAUUUCCCCCACAACAGUUUCACAUGCUUCAGUCAAGUAUUGAAACUCAGGGGAUAGACAGAAGAAGGGACACUGUUGAAGCGGAAGAAUAUUCCCAACAAAUGGCGGAGCGUGGCCAUGGAAUGUAUUACACGCCACAAACAUUUGCUGAGUAUCCGACACAGAUGUAUCAGUAUCCUUUUUAG